GGCGCUCCUGACACCAAGUCACCGCAUCGGGGUUAAGAAUGGUCUCCAGGCUGGUCCUCGCCAUGCUGUGUGGCCUACUGCUCUGGCUGGCAGUUGGAGGGAGUCCUGCAUUUGCUUACAGCCCUCGCACCCCAGACCGGGUCUCAGAAUCAGACAUGCAGAGGUUGCUGCAUGGCGUUAUGGAGCAGCUGGGCAUCGCCAGGCCCCGGGUGGAGUAUCCAGCUCACCAGGCCAUGAAUCUUGUGGGUCCACAGAGCAUCGAAGGUGGAGCUCACGAAGGUCUGCAGCACUUGGGUCCAUUUGGCAACAUCCCCAACAUUGUGGCAGAGUUGACUGGUGACAACAUUCCUAAGGACUUCAGUGAGGACCAGGGAUACCCAGACCCACCCAAUCCCUGUCCAGUUGGAAAAACAGCAGAUGACGGAUGUCUAGAAAACACCCCGGACACAGCCGAGUUCAGUCGGGAAUUCCAGCUGCACCAGCACCUUUUCGAUCCUGAGCAUGACUACCCAGGCUUGGGCAAGUGGAACAAGAAACUCCUCUAUGAGAAGAUGAAGGGAGGACAGAGACGGAAGCGGAGGAGUGUCAAUCCAUAUCUGGAAGGACAGAGGCUGGACAAUGUUGUCGCAAAGAAGUCUGUGCCCCAUUUUUCAGAGGAGGAUAAGGACCCAGAAUAAAGAGAAGACUCUGGGUGGAAACCCACACCACGCUCCAUGUGCACGUGUUACUAGAGGCCCUAUGAAUGGAGCGUGUUCUUGUAUAGGUAAUGAUGGAGGAAAAGCAGCUGUAUUGUGUUGUGUUGUCUUCACACCAAUGGCCCUGCUCUCUGCUGAAUUAGAAUAAGAGCUCUUUUUGUUUUCUUUAACA